AUGCAUACUUUGAUCACCGUGUACACGAUAUCGUUCACAUGUUACAUAGUUCACAAAAGCCAGCUCCAGAUGUAUGGUCGUACUACACGAGUUUUCGCUGCCGAGUUCUGGGAAUGUGCAUUAAGUCAGCCCCGAAUUGUUUAUUCUACUGCUGAGGAGACUUUCGUUGCUGCUGCCGGAGGCAAUUAUGGUACUGGUAGCUGUAUUGGCAUCGAUGUAAUGGUUUGA